AUGGCGGUGGUGAAGUGGCGGUGCUGGGAGGGGGCACGGCGGCGCUGUGGCGGAACAGGGCGGGGCGGUGGUGGAGCAGGUUGGGUUGGAGGGUGGGGUUUGGGUUGGGUGAAGGGUUGUGAUGGUGGGAGGGUUGGCGAGGGUUGUGGAUUGGAGGGGGAUGGAAUGGGAGGCGGCGCUGGUGGCGUGGUGGUGGUGGCUGGCCGCGGUGGGGGCAGCGUGAUGGCUGCAAAGGAGGGAGUUGCAGAGAGGGGGAGGAGAAAAGGGGGGGUAUGGGGGGCGCGAUGGGGUUAG